CCGGCGGUGGCGCCGCUUCGUGUUCUGCGAGCGGGAGCCGGAGCCGGAGCCGGGCGGGCCGGAGGGGGCCGGGAAGCCCUUCGCCCUACCGCCGGGCAUCGCCGUGUGCGACGCGGGCCGGGGCAGCCUGGUGCUCGGGGAUUUGGAAGGUCACGUUUGGUUCUUGUCGCGUUCCCUUCAGCUUAUCAGUUUCCAGGCUUACAAGCUGAGAGUUACUCACCUGUACCAGCUGAAGCAGCACAGCAUCUUGGCUUCUGUUGGUGAGGAUGAAGAAGGCACUAACCCGCUGGUUAAAGUCUGGAACUUAGAGAAACGAGAUGGUGGGAAUCCUCUUUGCACAAGGAUUUUCCCUGCAAUACCGGGUAACAAACCAACAGUUGUGUCUUGCCUAGCUGUCCAUGAGAAUCUUAACUUCAUGGCUAUUGGUUUUGCAGGUGGAAGCGUUGUGCUUACAGAAGGAGAUGUCACAGGAGACCGGCAUAGUAAGACCCAGAUCUUACAUGAAGGCAGUUACCCGGUCACUGGGCUUGCCUUCCGCCAGUCUGGCAAAAUCACCCACCUUUUUGUUGUCACCACGGAGAACAUCCAGUCCUAUAGGCUGUCAGGGAAGGAUUAUCUUCGUCUGGAGCUGGACACGCGUGGUUGCGGUUUACGCUGCUCCACGCUCAGCGACCCCUCCCAGGACCUCCAGUUCAUUGUGGCAGGAAAUGAAUGUGUGUAUCUGUACCAGCCAGAGGAACGUGGCCCCUGCUUUGCCUUUGAGGGACAGAAAUUGAUCGUUCACUGGUAUCGGGGAUACCUCAUCAUUGUUUCCAAGGACCGGAAAACCUCUCCAAAAUCAGAGUUUGCUGGGAGCAAACCAUGGAACUCCAACAAGCAAAUCUUGAAUGUCUACGACCUACGUAAUGAGGUCAUCGCAUACAGCUCGGUCUUUGAUGACGUGGUGGAUGUGUUAGCAGAGUGGGGGUCUCUCUACGUGCUGACUAGAGAUGGGAAGAUCCAUGUGCUUCAGGAGAAGGAUACUCAAACCAAACUUGAGGCUUUGAGGCUGGAGAAGUCCAUUGUAAUGGAGAACAAGACACUGAGGAACGUUAAGGAUGAAAAUGGCCUGAAAAACAGAAUUAUCCGAGUGGGCACCAGGAAGAGUCAGGUGAGUUUCUGCUUAUUGCAUUAGCUUCAGUUCUGGUAUGGCCACAUUGCCAAGUAUUCAAUGGGGAAAAUUAUGACUAGAGACCCCAUAGCUGCAUUUCCUAAAAGUAGAAAAUCUGGGUGGCUAAUUUCAAAUUUAAUAUGUACCUCAAUUACUUAUAGAUAACUCAAAUGAAGUCCAGCAUCUGUCAGGAUUCUUGUUCAGUAGGGAAGUGUUGUCUAGUGAUUAGAGUGACGGAUUGCCACUCAAUAUUUCCUUGUUCUGUUCCCAUCUCUAGCACUGACUCACUAUGUGCUUCUGGCAAGUCUCUUAGGGUUACAUCUUCAAAAGUGGCCUCUAACCUUCGGUAUCCAAACUUGUAUACCUAACUACUGAUUUUCAGAGGUGCUGAGUUGUCUUAACUGUAGUCACUAGGAGGUGCGGAUGCAAAUUAGGCUUCAGCUGCUUAAAGUUUAGGCACCCAAAGUGGUGAUCCCUCUUGAAAAUGUUGCUCUUUAUUUAUCUGUGCUGCCAUUUUCUCACUGUAAAAUGGGAACAAUAUGUAAAUAGUUCACAGAAAGUCUGGGGUAUUGAGGCUUCAUUCUUUCACAUUAGUAAAGCACUUUAAGGUCUUGGAUUAAGCACAAAGUAUUAUUAGAUGGAGAUAAAUGCACUUCUGUUUGCCAGAGAGUGACCUCUGAAUUAGAAAUAACUGUUCUGCCACCAGAGUUGCACUGUAACAGGCCUGCUUGUUGGCCUUGAAGGCCCUUAAUUCGAUGGGCUUGGGAGACUGAGUCCCUCCAUGUCAGGGCUGAGGUGCGUUGUUAGAGCUUUGUGGGGAAAACUUGCCUUGGUGCCGGCUGGACUUGUGCAUUCUGUAGCUGUCAGUUGGCACAUUCCAUCCGCACCAAGCCUGUGGAAUAGAUCGAGAGACAGGGAGGUUGCACUCCCUUGUCAAUAGAAUCCAUUUGGGUUUCCAUUUUGCUUAUAUCCUGCAACCAAGCAAAACUUAGGCUGCCUUGACCUUUACAAAGGGCUGGGAGGAUAUAGGAAAUGGGUCUUUCUUGCUAUCUAGCUGCAGCUGGGAGGAGCAAGUUUGCAAAGAGAGAUAAAUGUGCCUUGGCCCUUUGUUUUGAGAUAAUCUCGCCUAUUCUGCAAGUCAGGCACAGGCAUGACUCUGUAUGUGGGAGGCUAGAAGAUGAGACAAAUGGACAUUGAAGGGUGGGAGGUUAUUUUUCUGCAUCUUCAGUUGUUGUUAAGAAUGAUCAUUAUCCACACAUUGCAUUUACAGAUUAUGCCUUUCACCCAGAAUCUCACGGCACAUGUGGAAACCUAUGGCUUGCCUAGGGCCACUUAGAGCAUCACAGCACAGAAAGAUUAGAAACAAGGCUUUCUGGUUCGUCUUCAGCUGUGACUACUAGACUUCAUUGCCUUUCACAAGGCUAGAAUCUAAGGAGGGAUCCUUUGUUAGGCUUGAGUAUGGUGGUGGUGGAUUAUUUUAUGUAUUCUCUCCCUUCCAGAGUAUAAAUUAAAUGUCUCCCAUCUACAGAUGCAUGGACCUUUUGCAGCCUCCAAACCCAGCACCUUGCUCUGUGUUGUUCAGCUGUUCUCCUUCUGCAUGACUUUCUGGCAUAGCUCUGCUCAUAUAGAAUACCAUUUCCACAGACACAUCUAAAUCCUGGCUCCUUGCAGAAUCAACAACAUUGAAGUUUAGAAAUCAUAAAAAGCACAGAGCAGAUAUAGACUCAUAGACU